AUGACAGCUCCAGAACCAUCAUUACCAGAAAACAGAGUGAGAGAGGCAGUACCAUUUGAAGUGACGGGUGUAGACCUUGGAGGACCAUUAACAUUGGUCAAUGGCAAAAAAGCUUGGUUCGUUGUGUUUACGUGUGCCGUUUAUCGGGCUAUACAUUUGGAACUAAUAACGUCAUUGUCAACAAUCGGGUUCAUCCAAGCGUUACGACGAUUCAUAGCACGGAGAGGCAGACCGGAAGUCAUUUACACGGACAAUGGUACAAAUUUCACGGGUACAGAAGGCUUAAUGGAUAAAUUGGACUGGGAAGAAAUCGCUGCCCAAUCAGAAGCUAGAAGAAUCCGAUGGAUUUUCAAUCCACCAAGUGCACCAUGGUGGGGAGGAUGGUGGGAGAAAAUUGUUGGCAUGGUAAAACAACUUGUGAGGAAAAGCUUAGACAGAGCAUUAUUGGAUUACGAAGAGAUGUCAACGGCCUUAUGUGAUUUCGAGCAGCUAAUCAAUUUGCGACCUUUAACAUAUUUAUCCGAAGACCCCAAAGAACUUAUUCCGAUUACACCAAUGAUGUUCCUCAAUGAAGCAAAGAGUUGUGAUGUCAUCGAUCUAGAUAAAAUAGAAUCGAGUUCAUUCGGCGAAAAAUUCAAACAGCGUCAAGUAAUUAGAGAAGAACUACGUGAAAGAUUUAGAAAAGAAUAUUUAAGUCUUCUGGUGCACAGGAACAUUCGGUUAAGUGAAUACAAAGAAAUAAAAACGGGAGAUGUUGUGAUUGUAGAAGAGGAAAACAAAAAACGAGUACAUUGGCCUGUUGCGCGAGUCAUUGAAACCUUUCCCGGUCAAGACAAAUUAAUUCGAAGUGUAAAAAUUAGGCUGAUAAGAAAUGGUAAAAUUGUGGAAAUUGAUCGGCCAAUUCAACGGUUAUAUAUGUUGGAGUCGUCUACUGACAAUGUCAAAGAUUUGGUGGAAGAUGACGGACAAAUCAAGAAACCAAUGACAAAGCAUAUGGAAGGUAACGAACCAUCGUCAUCAGAAGGUAACGAACCAUCGUCAUUGGCAGAAGGUAACGAACCAUCAUCAUUGGCAGAAGGUAACGAACCAUCGUCAUCAGAGACAAAGAAACAAUUAACGUUGGGAAACAGUGAACCAUCAUCAUCAUCAUUAGAACUUAGACAAAGUAAUAAGACUGACAUGAAGGUACAAGAAGUUAAGGUGACACGAAGUGGCCGGAUAGUGAACAAACCGAAUAGAUUUGGAUGUUAA